CGGCCGCGCCGUCGGCAUGGCAUCACGUCUUCACUAUUUUCCACGGCUAUCGAGGUCAUGAUCACACCAUUAACACCGUCACCAGUAUUUUUGUCCGUUACGAAAUGACCACGUCAUCAACGAUUACCUCAUACCUACCUAUUAUUAGAUAACUACGCAAGCCGGCAUCAAUUCACGCCCUAGUAACCAAUUCUCAGUGCAACAAAACGAACGCGUCCGCAAAAAUGAGAAAAUACGUUCUCUCCUAUUUCCUUGCCACCCUAUUCGUUGCAGACUGUUAUAGAAUUCUCGGCAUAUUCCCAUCGUUGGAUCGGAAUAAUUAUCUGACUUACCGUGGUUUGUUUAGAGAGUUAGCUACGCGCGAGCAUGAAGUGACUCUGAUUACGCAUUUCCAACUCCCCAAUCCGCCAGCUUCGUAUAAAGAAGUGCUGUUAAGUGAUCAACAAGUGUAUAAAGGACUAUCGUAUGAAUCUGUGAUCGUGAAUGAAGUGUCGCGAGUGCCGUUCGAAACACUGGUGUCGACUAAGAACGGUAACGACGACUGCAAGAAGCUAAUGAAUAACAAUCAAGUACUGCACUUGAUCAAGACGCGACCUCGCUUCGAUGUCGUUUUAGUGGAGUCGUAUAACAGCGAUUGUGCCAUAGCAUUGGCUGCCAAUCUGAGCGCUCCGUACAUUGCUUUCAAUCCUCAGCCCGUCCAAGCGUGGCAGUACAACAGGCUCGGAAUCAAUUUCAAUUCCGCAUCCGUACCUUUAGCUAGCCUUCCGUAUGGAAAGGAUCCUUGGUACUUCGACAGAUUGAAGAGCUAUGUUCUAUAUCAUAUUACCAAUUGGGUGUACUACGUUGGAUCGCAAGUGACAGAUCAUGUAUAUUUGUACAAGUAUUUGGGAGAUGAUUUGCCGAGUUUGGAGAGCAUCGCGGCGAAUGCCAGUUUAGUGUUUGUAAACACGCAUCAGUCAGUGUUUGGCGGUGUUGCCAGGCCUGAUAACGUUAUUGAUAUCGGUGGCAUUCAUGUUAAUCCGCCUAAAGCAUUACCAACUGAAAUUGAAAGAUUCAUAAACGAAGCGGAGCACGGCGUUAUAUACGUAAACUUGGGCUCCACAACCAAGGACUCUACGAUGCCAGCUGAAAAACUACGUGAACUGUUAUCAACAUUCAAUAAAUUGCCUUUAAGAGUACUUUGGAAAUGGGACGGAGGCAGUAUUGAAAAUUUGCCAAGAAACGUGAUGACUAUGAGAUGGUUCCCGCAGUACGAUAUUUUAAAACAUGAAAACGUCAAGGCAUUCAUUUCUCACGCCGGCAUCCUCAGCACAGUAGAAGCACUAGACGCCGGCAUACCAGUGGUGGCUGUCCCGCUCUUCGGGGACCAGUAUGGCAACGCGGCAGCUCUCCAGGACGCUGGGGUGGCUACCGUCGUGUCUUACCAGGAUUUGACGAAGGAGUACCUCCUGAAUGCUAUCAAUGAGGUCUUGGAUCCGAAUACCCAGCAGCACGCAAAGUUUCUGUCUAGAGUAUGGCACGACCGUCCAAUGUCGCCUCUAGAAACCGCAGUAUACUGGACAGAAUACGUCGCUCGAUACAACGGCGCGCCGAACCUCCUAGCGACAUCUGUGAACAAACCUUGGUACCAGCAACUACAGCUAGAUGUCUUGGCCUUCAUAGCUUUAGUAGUCUAUGUUAUGAGCUACGUGUUACGCAAAAUCGUCGGAGCGCUCUGCUGUUGCUGUUCUAGUGCCGAGACAAUCAGCGCCGAGACGGAGGAUAGGAGAACUAAACGUGUUAAAUUCGAAUGAAGCGAGUAAGUCGGAGAAUAAAAAAUAAUGUGCAAGAAAUUGACACAGAACUGAAAUCAGCCUUUUCUGAUUACUGGAAUAUUUUCUAGUACAGUAAGGUAACGUAAGAAGUGGACAGUUGUUGAGUCUCAUUUAGUAACUGUACAGUAGGUACAUAUGAUGCAACUUUACCGCACUGGUGCGAUAAUUAGCACAUUACGUAACUACGUGUGGAAAGUUUACUGUAAAACGUUCUACGAUACAUGUGCGAAUAGAUAAAUCGCAACUCGUCUCGAUUUAAAAUAGGUACUUACUCCCUUCGGUCGUGUUUUAGUUUAUCGUCACGAGCGUUUCGAACUUCCUAUUUUUCGCACUUGUAUCGUAAUGUACUAUUGUAUGUACUAUCCUAAUUUUAUGAUUUGUUUAAUGUUAAAAAUAAUGAUUCAUGUAAACAAUUCAACUCUUUUUUUUUUUUUUUGCAUUUAUGGCUUUUUGCCUUCCUUAUAAUUCGGGGAAUUUUGUAACGAGUAUAGAAAUAGAGAGGCUUAACAGUAAGUGGGAUACCUAACUAAACUAAUAAGUUGCUAUUAGUUACUAUAUAAAAUAGGUAGUUACUGGUUUCUCAUACGCCAAUAAUAUUUUGUCUCAUGCGCUUUAGCAUUGUGACCAGUUGAGUUUCUACGUCAUGUUACAUGCAUUGCUCUUAAUUGUGGUUUAAAAUUAUAAAAUAUUUUUUUCUGCAAAGUACCUAAUGUUAAUUUCGGAAAAUGCUCAAUUUUUGUUAUUAGACGUUCAUAUCUUAGUACCAACUGAUAAUUUUCAUAAAAAGCCUAUGUAUUAAAAACAAAACGUUCCACAGAACAUAUAACAGGAGGCCAAUUCGGACUUACAUGAUAUCAAAAUUAUGUCGGUUUUUUAUCAUUCGCCCAUGCAUCUCAAUACAUGUACGAACGUGUACGCGUAUGAUAUCAAUAUGACAUUAUAGGUAUGUAUAUAUGACAUGUAUUUACCUAAGUUCGAAUUGCUGGCCUCCUGAAUUUGUCGCCCAUGCGUCUCAAUACAUGUACGAACAUGUACGCAUAUGAUAUCAAUAUGACAUUAUAUAAUAUAUGACAUGUACUUAAGUUCGAAUUGGCGUCCUGAAUUUGUGAUUGAGCAUUUUGUUGCAAGUGAAAAAACCGCGGCUUUUUACAAUCGUAAAAUAAAUAUAUUGAGGUAAUUUAUUUUGUUAACUUUUUUUAUAAUUUACAUAAAAUAAAUAAUAUUACUUUACA